GCCAGAAGUUUGUUCCUCGAUAUAACGUUGCUAGUUUUGGUCACGCAGUAUCAGUAUCUUUAAUGUUAUAAACUUCAGGUUCUGACGUCAUCACGUUUAAAUACAGAGUCUCUCAGUUAAAAGAGCAGUGUUCGCAGUGCUGUGUGGAAACUUUUAGCAUUCCUAUCUGCGACUGACCAGGUCCGGUGAUAAUUUAUAGGGAGCAGAGCUGGAUAACGACGACGGGGCAAACCCAAGUGUCGUGAUGGGAAACCGGGAGAUGGAAGAUCUCAUAUCUCUGAUCAACAAACUCCAGGACGCCUUCACUUCGAUUGGCCAGAGCUGCAACUUGGACCUGCCGCAGAUAGCGGUCGUGGGCGGACAGAGCGCAGGGAAGAGCUCCGUGUUGGAGAAUUUCGUUGGCAGGGACUUCUUGCCCAGAGGAAAUGGAAUUGUCACCCGUCGCCCCCUCGUCCUCCAGCUGGUGAACAGUAAAGCAGAGUAUGCAGAGUUCCUUCACUGUAAAGGCCGCAAAUUUGUGGACUUUGAUGAAGUACGCCAGGAGAUAGAGGCAGAAACUGAUCGUCUGACUGGAUCCAACAAGGGCAUCUCCCCUGUGCCUAUAAAUCUCCGUGUCUAUUCACCAAAUGUGCUGAAUCUCACUGUGAUUGAUCUGCCGGGAAUGACCAAAGUGCCUGUGGGUGACCAACCUCAGGACAUCGAGUUCCAGAUCAGAGAUAUGUUGCUACAGUUUGUUACUAAGGACAGUUGUCUAAUCUUGGCCGUCACCCCAGCCAAUACUGACCUGGCCAACUCUGAUGCCCUGAAAAUAGCCAAGGAGGUAGAUCCUCAGGGUUUGCGGACUAUUGGUGUGAUCACAAAGCUGGACAUAAUGGAUGAGGGUACGGAUGCACGAGACAUCCUGGACAACAAACUACUGCCAUUGCGGAGAGGCUACAUUGGCGUGGUUAACCGCAGUCAGAAGGAUAUUGACGGGAAAAAGGACAUCCGCGCCGCCUUGGCUGCAGAGCGGAAGUUUUUCCUGUCCCAUCCUGCAUAUAGGCACGUUGCAGAGCGCAUGGGCACAUCUCACCUGCAAAAAUCCCUAAAUCAGCAACUGACCAACCACAUCCGUGACACUUUGCCAGGGUUACGCAGCAAACUCCAAAGCCAACUGUUAUCUUUGGAGAAGGAAGUGGAGGAGUUCAAGAACUUCCGGCCAGAUGACCCGGCACGCAAGACAAAGGCUCUACUUCAGAUGGUGCAGCAGUUUGGUGUUGACUUUGAGAAAUGCAUCGAGGGGUCUGGAGAUCAAGUGGACACCUCCAACCUUUCUGGUGGAGCCAAGAUUAACCGGAUCUUUCAUGAGCGUUUUCCCUUUGAGUUAGUAAAGAUGGAGUUUGAUGAGAAGGAACUGAGGAAAGAGAUCAGCUAUGCCAUCAAGAACAUCCAUGGUGUCAGGACCGGCCUGUUCACCCCAGAUCUUGCAUUUGAGGCCAUAGUGAAAAAGCAGAUCAUUAAGCUGAAGGAGCCCUGUCUAAAAUGCAUCGACCUGGUCAUCCAGGAACUCAUCAACACGGUCAGACAGUGCACCAAUAAGCUGGGCUCAUACCCUCGACUGCGGGAGGAGACUGAGAGAAUCGUCACAACUUACAUCAGAGAGCGAGACAGCAAGACUAAAGACCAGGUGUUGUUGUUGAUUGAUAUUGAGCUCUCCUACAUCAAUACUAAUCAUGAGGACUUCAUUGGCUUUGCCAAUGCUCAGCAAAGAAGUGCUGCUUGUGCUACCAAGAAGAGAGUCAUGCCAAACCAGGUGAUUCGCAGAGGAUGGCUAACCAUCAACAUUAGUAUAAUGAAGGGAGGAUCUAAGGACUACUGGUUUGUCCUGACUGCUGAGUCUCUCUCCUGGUAUAAAGACGAAGAGGAAAAAGAGAAGAAGUACAUGCUUCCCCUGGACAACCUGAAGCUGAGAGAUGUAGAAAAAGGCUUCAUGUCCAGCAAACAGGUUUUUGCCAUCUUCAAUACUGAGCACAGAAAUGUGUAUAAAGACCUGCGUCAGAUUGAGCUGGCAUGUGACACCCAGGAGGACGUGGACAGCUGGAAAGCCUCAUUCCUAAGAGCUGGAGUUUACCCAGAAAAGGACCAGCAAGAGAAUGAAGAUGCGUUGAAUUCCUCCGACACAGUGUCUAUGGACCCUCAGCUGGAGCGCCAAGUUGAAACCAUCCGCAACCUCGUAGAUUCUUACAUUGGCAUUGUCAACAAGUCCAUCAGAGAUCUCAUGCCCAAGACUAUCAUGCACCUCAUGAUCAACAGUGCAAAGGACUUCAUCCACUCUGAGCUGCUGGCCUUCCUGUACUCAGCAGGAGAACAGGGAAGUCUGAUGGAGGAGUCUGCAGAGCAGGCUCAGAAGAGAGAGGAGAUGCUGAGGAUGUACAGCGCUCUGAAAGAGGCCUUGGUCAUAAUUGGAGAUAUCAGUACUACCACAGUUUCUACCCCAGUGCCCCCACCAGUUGAUGACACUUGGAUAGCCAAGGAUCCAAGUCCUCCAGGAUCCCGACCUGCCUCAGUAACAGCGCCCCCUCCCAGUCGACCUCCAGCUGUCAGAGUGGCUACCUUAGGUCCUAAUCCUUCAACAGCAGUUGGAGCACCACCUGUACCUUCGCGACCCGGUCCUCCACCAGGACAGCCUGGUGUCACUGGUGAUGCAAACCAUGGUGCAUCGCUGACCACAUCAAGGCCGGCACGUGUGCCACCUGCGCCACCACCAGGGAUUCCCAGCAGAAGACCACCAGUGGCUCCUAACCGACCCACUGUCAUACGUCCUUCGGAGCCCUCCCUUCUGUACUGAAAUCUCAGAACUUUUUUUUUACCUUCGUUAUAUUUCCAUUUGUUUACACUUUCUAUUAUACUGUUGCUUUUUAAGUCCAAACAUUCCCUAUGAAAAUGCAUGCGCUUUUUAGAUUUUAUAAAAAAGAGACAAACUUUACAUUUCCAUUUGUUUAACAUUCAUAAGGCAGUCAAUAAUUGUAGUGUUGAAAUGAAUAUAUGAUUUUUUUUAAGCAACGAAUAAUUUCAUCCAGUAAAUGGCAUCAUUUGACCAUAAGACCAAUUUUAUUAUUUAUAUAAAUAUAUCUACCUUGAUUAUACUGCUUAAGUAUGACUGGAAUGUCACAUUAAAACUCAGCUAUCUGUUAAGUAAUCAUCUCUAAGUACGGCUGCACCUAAAGGACACAUCAAGAGAAACUGGAAAACGACUUAGGUAGGUAGGUAGGUUUGUAGGUCUGUCCAUUGUUUAAAAUUUGUAUCAUGGCGUUCACAGGGUAGCUGUGGAUAAAUUACGAUUAAUCAUGAUAAAUUACGAUUAAUGAUGAUAAAUAAUGAUGAUAAAUCUGGAUAAAUCAACAUUCCUAAAUAUGACCAGAACCAUUUUCUCCUGUAUACUGCUACAACAGAAGGACAGAUAACAGCAGGUACAUAUGUAUGUAUGUGUUUCACACCUGUUUUUAUUUGUGACUAAUCCAAAUGAUUGAGUUAUUAAUAUGACAAAAUGUCAAUGUAUACAAAAUAUACAAAAGUAUAACUCCUAAACUCCCACCAAAAAUAUGCCAUAACUGUUAUUAUUAUAUGAUUUUUCCACACUUUGUGGACAUUAUUGUGCAUCUGGAUGGUGACAUGAAACACUU